UCCACUAAUCAAUGUAUCAGUUUUGAAAAAUGUAAUCGACGUUUGAGGGAUGAGGGGUCCAGGGCGAACAACCACGCGCCGUUCCUGUGAGAGUGCAACGGGGACGAGAGGGAUUUCAUCGCAGCGGAAGGGAUCGACGGGAAAGAUGGCCGUCGCGGAACAUAUGACAAAGAACGGCGGGUUCCAGUCGCGGCAUCCGACGACGGCGACAUCCUCGCGACGACGAGCGGAACGCGGCACAGCUGAUCGUCGCCGUUAACAACCGCCGCCCGUCGGCGGCCGCGUCGUCGCGUUUCUCUCAGUGCGGCGACGGGGCGACAGGAAAGAUCAGAGGACAGACGAAAAGAAAGAGAAAGUGUGUGUGUGUGUGUGUGUGUGCGUGCAUGUGUAUGUGCGCGCGCGUGCGAAUUCGCGUGGGUGUCUCUCGGGUGAGAGAGCGCGACUGCGAGGGGGUCGGAAACGAAGAUCGACGUGGUCGCUCUUGGAUCCCCGUGGGUGCUGCUCCGUGGUCGCCGUCAACGCCGUCGUGUGCCGCAUCUCCGUGGGUGACAUAGUGGUGAUAUAGCGCGGCGCAGCGGGGGAGCCAUGACUACGCGUGGAGAAUGGGCUCGAUCGCGUCGGUGCUGCAGUGGCAUUGCUCGGAGUGCGCCCUGAUAAAUCCUACGGAGAGCGCGAGAUGCGCCAGGUGCGGGCUGACGCGACUCAGGAGCGACGAGAGGCUCGGCGGCCGUCACGACGAUCGUGCCUCGACGAUCGUCGUGGAGCGUAGCGGUAGCGCCGGGCAGGAGGGCGCGGGGGCGCACGAGCCACGGUCGACGAGGGGAGAACGCGAGGAGGACGGUGAGUGCCCGCGCGCACGGGUGUCGUCGUCCACCUCCGGGGAAUCGACGCCACCGACGCCGCCGCCGAGGACGGAUAAAUUGACGGCGCGCAACCCGUCGCUGCUACCCGUCGGCCAGCGCGGCGAGUCCCGACGCGCUGUUACUAACGGUUCCGUGAGAUAUCUGUCUGCAUGCGAAGUUAAGAAAAAUUUACAUUGUGGUUCGUGGAAUGGCAGCUCAUCUGAGAGGAUACCAUUGAAACGUUUUUCAUCUUUACCUUCUUUAAUCACACAAUGGACUUGUAUUCGAUGUCUAUUGGACAAUAACUGCAGUUCAUUGAUUUGCGCGGCUUGUGAUGCCAGUGCAUCAAUAGCUCAAAUCGAUGGAAAGAAAAUUGGUGCACGCAAGAGCAAAAAGAUUAAUCUGCAUAAAGAAAGUCGUCUUAAGAUCAAUUCUGGACUUUUGGCAAAUAUCCUAGAUGUGAAUGCUAGUACGAAUGGUUCCAAUAAUAAUGAUAAAAUUAAUAAUACAGGCAUGGCACAAUUGACGAGCAUAAGUCGAAACGAAAGACAAAGAGUGGACCAUAAAGACUGGAUUUUACCAUCAAUUGGAGCAAUGGAGUCCACUGCGCUUCCGUUCACAGAUAAUACCGAUACCUCUCAACGCUCUCCGAAACGGCACAGUCCUUCUAUGUACGAACGGGUCAAGUCUAAAGUCAGUCGUUCGUUAUCGAACGGUUCUGUUGUUCAAAAAUUAUCGGAACAUGUGGUACAAAGACCCACGAGUUUAGUGGUACCGGAAACGCGUCAAGAUGAUGGCUUAUGGAGCUGCGACAAUUGUACGCUGGAUAAUGCGCCUGGUUUGGAACAGUGCGAGGCAUGCGAUGCUCCUAGGAGUCCCGCGCCUUGUAGCGGAGUGGUUAUUAGCGUGCCAGCUUGGGUACCGCGCGCCCUGUCGUCUGCGGGACCUCUAUCUUACAGAAGAUCCUUCUCCGACGCCGAUUCCGUCGCGAACGUGACACAAAAGAAGACUGUCAAUCGUAGAAGCUUGAACGACGAGGAACCGCCCGCUGUGCCGCCUCAUUCUAUCGGCUUCAACUCGAGACCAAAGUAUUCCUACAUCGGGAUCACGGAUCCCGAUAUACCACCGCCGUUGCCAAAGAAACAGAGCAGUAAGUUAGGUCUGGUGCCGACGAAGGCGCACAGCGAGGCGACCAGUCCAGUGAGCGAUGUACCGAACAUGAGUCCGCUUAAGCGUAUGUGGACCUGCAGAAAGUGUUCUUACGCAUAUAAUCCGUUGUGGUCUAGCGGUUGCGAUAUUUGUGGCUCGUCCAGGUCGCCCCCAUCGUUGACGCAACCCAGUUUGAUAACCGUCACGAAGGACACGAGCUAUCCGACGCAUGCACAAUCGCCGAUCGUGGUAUCAAGAGACAGUGUCAGAUAUAUACCACCAAAGUCAGCCACUCUGGCCACGGCGGAGUCCGAUCUAGACGAUCAGAUUGAUCCACCGUCGCCGGUGUGGACGUGCAAGAAGUGUACUCUACUGAAUGCCGCGUCGAGAACGACGUGCGAGGCUUGUUGCGGCUCAAAGCUGAAGAGCAUCAUGCAUUUGGAGGAUGCCACGCUGCGAAAAGGCGAAAGCUGGGUAUGCCCGUCGUGCACGCUGAGGAAUCCGCUCUCGGCGCAAAACUGCAAUGCCUGCAAGACUUUGGCAGACUUUCUGGAAGUUCCGAAAGAUAAUAGAGCUCUAGGUCAACGGAGUCCAAGCCCGAGGCUUUGCUCGACUCCGACGAAUUCCAAAGCGGUUACCCCGAGGCAUAGAAAUUCUGUAAGAAGAAACGGUUCGUCAGCAGCUGACAAAAGGCAUUCGAGAACCAGAGAUUCUUCGCAUGCUCAAUGGCAAUGCAAAUUGUGCACGUACGAAAACAAGAGUUCGACUGUUGUUUGCGAAAUGUGCCAAAGCUCAAAAUCGCUGUCUCAAGUAUCUGGAGAUAGAGGAAUAUCUGGGCUCCUCGAAUCAGGCACUAGUACUCUUAGAAUACAGCGGCAAGAGAGCGUGGUGAUGGAAAAUCUCAGGCAACUAGAGGAGAGAGAAGCGCUAGAAAAAUGGGAGCGCAUUGUUCGAUAUUGCAAAGAGACAAAUGAGCCGUUUGUCGACGAUUCGUUUCCUCCUGCUCCGAAAUCCUUGUACUAUAAUCCCGCGGAUACAAAGGAUAAUCACGUCGUCCAAUGGAGAAGGCCACAUCAAAUUAACGUGGAUUCAAGUGUCGAUUCUAAACUGCCUUGGGCUGUCUUUAGGACACCCCUACCCUCUGAUAUCUCGCAAGGUGUCUUAGGAAAUUGUUGGUUACUAUCGGCUCUGGCUGUUCUCGCCGAGAGUGACGAGCUAGUAAGAAGAGUUCUGGUCAUGAAGGAAACAUGCCCCGAAGGUGCUUACCAAGUUAGAUUGUGUAAAGAUGGAAAAUGGACGACGGUGCUCGUUGAUGAUCUAUUACCCUGUGAUAAGAGAGGUCACUUAGUGUACUCUCAGGCAAAAAGAAAACAACUUUGGGUGCCGCUAAUUGAAAAAGCAGUUGCUAAAAUACAUGGCUGUUAUGAAGCCUUGGUAUCUGGCCGUGCUAUAGAGGGUCUAGCGACAUUAACUGGUGCCCCAUGUGAGAGCGUGCCUUUACAACCGUCAGCAUUGCCAAGCGAAGACGAACUCGACAGGGACCUAAUAUGGGCACAACUCUUGUCCUCGAGGCAGGCUAUGUUUUUAAUGGGUGCUAGCUGCGGAGGAGGUAAUAUGAAGGUUGACGAAGAAGAGUAUCAACGCAAAGGUUUAAGGCCAAGGCAUGCGUAUUCUGUCCUCGAUGUACGCGAUGUACAGGGAAUACGGUUGCUACGAUUACGCAAUCCUUGGGGUCACUACAGUUGGAAAGGAGAUUGGUCGGACGAUAGUCCUAUAUGGACUUUGCAAUUACGAGAGAUGCUUAUGCCACAUGGUGCUUCGGACGGCGUCUUUUGGAUAUCCUUUGAUGACGUUCUAAAGUACUUCGAUUGCAUUGACAUUUGUAAAACAAGAGUCGGAUGGAGCGAAGUGAGAUUACGCGGCACUCUUCCUCCGUUGUCGUCUCUCAGACAUUUGUCGUGCGUCCUUUUAACAGUAUUGGAACCCACCGAAACGGAGUUUACGCUGUUUCAAGAGGGCCAAAGAAAUUCAGAAAAGUCGCAACGUUCUCAACUGGAUUUAUGCGUGGUAGUUUUUCGUACGAGAUCUCCGGCCGCUCCGGAAGUUGGUAGACUAGUAGAGCACAGUAAGCGGCAAGUACGUGGUUUUGUCGGCUGUCACAAGAUGUUGGAGAGAGAUCUGUAUAUUGUUGUGUGCCUAGCUUUUAAUCAUUGGCACACUGGGAUGGAAGAUACGUCCAGUUAUCCAGAAUACGUUCUCGCUAUUCAUAGUUCAAAAAGGCUUCUGGUCGAACAGAUAUCACCUCCUGCCUUUGUCUUAGCUGAUGCUAUUAUAAGCUUAACAUUAGCUAAAGGACAACGGCAUGAAGGCAGAGAAGGCAUGACCGCUUAUUAUUUAACUAAAGGAUGGGCUGGUUUAGUUGUAAUGGUCGAAAAUCGUCAUGUGAACAAGUGGAUUCACGUAAAAUGCGACUGCCAUGAAAGCUAUAAUGUUGUGUCCACAAGAGGACAACUCAGAACUGCCGAUAGUGUUCCCCCCCUUCACAGACAAGUCAUCAUAGUUCUAACGCAAUUGGAAGGUAGCGGAGGUUUCUCAAUAGCACAUCGACUUACGCACAGAUUAGCUAACAGUGGAAAUUUGCACGAUUGGGGACCGCCUGAUACACAACAUUGUCCUCAAAUUGACACUCAGGUGGAAGGUUUGCACAGUCCUCGCUUAAUAACGUGAAGUAUAAAAUAUAGACCGAACGAAGGCUGAACAUUACUGGAGAAAAGUAUUGUCAAGUGUAAUAGGGAAUGAAUCUCGGAACGUUGAAAAAAUUGACUGACAAAAACCAAAGCAAGCUAGAAACAUUUCAGCAUAUUAUAAAACGUUCUGAAGACAUUAGAAAACUCUUUGUGCUUUCUAGCUGAUAAUACUUCACGGAUGCUCUUAGCGUUGCAACAUGCUCAGCAUUGGACAUAAUACAAUAAGUAACAAUUAACGUAUAAUGGCUCUGGACCCAGUGAUGAAAAAAAAAAGAAAAAACAACAAAAAACAGAUAUCUUCUUUCGAAUAGAUAGUGUGGUUCAUGUACUUUGCGCGCGCUGACGAGAAAAAAGAAGAACUUAGAAUGAAAAAAAAAGUAUAAAAUACGUGGAAAUUAAGUGUUUCUGCUAGAACCAUUGAACCCCAUAAAGAAGACUUAUGGAAAAUUGAAUAUUUAUGAAGAAACAAGUUGAACAUUUUGCUUGUUAUAUAAACAAAACAAAAAAAAAAAUUAUUUUCUCAACUUAACGUUUACGCAUCGUAAGGAAUGACAAAAUCUAAAGAGAUUACAUAAUAAUAUAAUAUAUAUAAAAUGAAACCAUUAGAGAAAACACAUUAUAUAAGGAUGUGUGUGGACACCGUACACAUUGUUUUUGGAAUUGCUUAGAAUGUAGUACGUUUAUAUCGGAUGGGGACAUUUCCGAUUUAACCAGUGUUUACAUGCCGAUCUAUUGCUGUAACAUGUAAGGCCGUAUUUGAAACCCGCAUUUAAGAGAACUUGAAUUCUUAGUUGUGUGCACGCGCGCGCGUGUGCGCGAUAUAAAAAAAGAGGCUGGAAUUUUAUGCAAGAAUUUCCAUGUAUCGAUUAGGAUAGAACGUUUAUCUAGAUUUUGUUGUUCCCCCAUCUUGCAAAGAAUGUUAAAAUGAAUGUAACUUAUGGUUACAAAGCGAGAAAGAGAGAGAAAGAGUGAACUAAAAAUCUUUCUUGAAAGUUUGAAAAUAUCUGGACUCGUUCACUGCCAUUCAUGCAAUGUAUGUAUAUAGUUUAUUUUUGUUUCAUAAAUUUCACUUUAUUAGUCUUGGGGGACAGAAGUUGGAAUCGUCAAUUCCUCAUAUACUUGUUGUUAUCAUCCUUGAUAAAUUGAUUACGAAAUACGGGGCAAGCAUGGCAGUUAGCGGGUUAAAAAUAAUUAAUUUUGUGUUUAUGUAUUUUUUUAAAAAAAGUGUUUUUUCGUCCAGCUGAUAACGCAGUCAUAAGAUGAAUUUUUGUCAGGAAAAUUCAAUAUUUCGGUUUUAAUGUCAAACUGCCAUAUUCCAUGUUUUUAGACAAUGGUCGAUUGGCACGCGCAGCAUGUCUUGCAAAUUCUAUUGAAUCAAAAAAUUGUUUAGUGCUCUCUAUAUACAUUGAAUGUGGUGAUGCGACAAUACGCGAUGCUGUGAUCAGUCAAUAAUGCUUCGACUUGAACCGAAAAUUUAAUUCUCUGUUAUAUCUUUUGUUUAACAGAGAGACUGAGAGAGAGAGAGAGAAAGAGAGAGAGAGAAAGAGAGAGAGAGAGCAUUGUGAACGAUAUUUCAAUUAACAGUACAAAAUUCCCGUCUACUCUAAAUUCGCUCGUUUUAUAUAAAAGUAAGUGAGUGAAAAUAGAAUCGUAUAAGUUUUACUUCGAGACAAUUUUUCUGUUGAUAAUUUGUAAAUUAUAUAAUAUUGCUGUUAAUAAUUUAAAUUGUAUCAAUUAUAGCUUAAAUUAUGGUUUUUAUUCAAGUCGAAUAAUUAGUAAAUAUCACUUUAUAUCGAUUUUUACACGUAUCGUAUCUUAAGUUGCGCAAGCUUAGAUUAUUCGAGCCACCUUUUUCAUAUCGCAAAUCGCAAUCCCAUUUAUGCGAUUGCUUCGCGAAGAGAUAAAGCGCAAGCGAGACGUUUUUAUCCCUCCCCCCUCUCCCCCCAUCGAUCUCAAAACAGGCCGAAUUGUCUUAGCGAGGCCUAAAUGUAGUAACUUUAGUUUUAAGAAUUAAAUGAAGAACAUAGUUUCAGGAAAUGUCCGUUUAAAUAAUCCGUAAUGCGUGUGUUGACGAAAAUACGUCCAAAAUAAUCAAUCUUCACAGCGUGACGCGCUCAAAGUUCAGUAAACGUUUAUGAUCGAGAAUCGAUUCUCUUGCGCGAUGACUUAAACGGCACGACGUUUUAGCACCGGUCAACUAAACUGCCUGCGAACGUCGUUUAAUUCAUCGAAACAAUCGAGAAAUUUAUUCUCGAAUUAUUCUACGAGUACUCUUAAUAUAUUUGCAGUAGAUUCUGUAUUGAGUGGCCUUCGUUUACAAAAGAUACUAGUUUCGUAAAUAUAAGACACGGACUACCGGAGUUGUGCGUUUCAGGAAAUUGGGAAUAAUAAAAACUUAGAAUUCAUCAAACACAAAUAUUGCAAAAGCGAGGAAGAAGCUGAUCUUAAAAGAGAGAAGAGGACGAGCGUCGUGUCUCUCCUCGUAUCUCCUCCCCCCCCCCUCCCACCUCCGCCCCCUUCGCCACGAAACGUACAAUGCUCUUAUUGUGAGAUCACGCGCGCACAUUUCUUAAACAAACGUAAGAUCUAGAGGAAGAAUCUCAUUUUUUGUACCAGGCAUGAGUUGCAUUUUUCGCGAGGACAGUGCUUUGGAGAUUAUAUACGGAAACGCUAAUACACCUAGUGCCAUACGAUGUCGUCGUCGUAACGACGACGAGAUUUAGCCCUUCCUCGUAUAAACGGACGGCGAGCCCCGACGAUGACCGUACAUAUUCGCAUGUCAUAAUAUAAGCGUCCCCCUUCCCUCCCCUCCCCUCUAUCCCGCGGAAUAUAAGCAAACAAAUAAUCUAUUUUACAUAAUUGCAUAAUCACCUGAGGCUAAAAGCAUUAGGAGAAACGUUCCCGGCGUUUCGCGGCGUUUAAGACCGCAACGUGUUCGGCGCUGUUUGUCAAAACGCGAUGAAUGUGAACGUUAAUUUAUUAACGGAUAUUGCGCGGUAAUCAGCGGUGCACGCGCAUUUUAUUUUUCCUGUGCACGCAUACAGAACAAAUCGAUAGAGUCGUCCCACAUAGCAAAAGGAGAUCUAUUGCGGGAAGAUUAUUUUCGAUGGCGAGAAUUGUAUGGUAUCUCUGAAAUAAUUUAUUUAAAGCGCAUAAAGACAGAGAUGUGCCUGGGGAAUAUUUUUAAAAUGUACUAAUGCAACCAUCCGCCAUCUCUUUCUUUUAUUAGAGUGUAUCUUUAUUAGAAUGUAUCUAUAUUCUUAGUGUGUUCAUGAAAUAUUCUUAGAACGUCACUGUGAAAAAAUUUUUUUUGCAAUUUCCAUUUCUUUUAUCGAAAUAUUCUUUCUGCAGUUCAUCAAUAUAUAAUGUAUCAUUACUAUGUGUUUUUAUAAUUUAUAAUUUGUGCUUUUUAUAUCAAUAUAUAAUAUAUUCAUAAUAUCGCAAGAAAUCGAAAUUGUCUGCGUGCGUGUUUGAAACAUUCAGGGACCGAUAUCAAUACAUCCCGAGAUUUUUAUUGUUGUGUGGGACACUUAUUGAUAUACCAAAACUGCAACAAUCAAUGUUAUUCCACAGCUUGAAAAUAUAAAGAAAAAGUAUAAUAAAUGUAUGUCAGUCGUGGAGAUAAAAGUUUCAAGCAAUAUUGAAUAAUAUUGAUUGUUUUAGUUUCGCGCGAUUUUGAUAUAUUUUGAUACAAUGGAAAAGAGGCAAAGUUCGAUCGUCGCCAUUCUGUCAAACAAUCGCCGCGAAAGAUCUGCACAAGCUAGAAGCGGACAAGAUGUACAUUUUAAGAGCAAUAACUCAUCGUGCGUUUAGCGCUAUUACUUAAUUCUUCUCGAUAAAUAAUCACACAUUUAUAUUUUUAAAAUCAGCAGCACUACCGAGCCUCGAUUAGCCUUUACGUAAUGUCACGAUUUAUCGGAAAUUUCUUUCUUUACAUUGUAUCUCUAGGAGUACUAGCGGAAGCGGAAUAAAGUUCAACACAGCUGAGUAUUAUCGACACAAAAGUAGCUCUUAACGCUAAACGCGCGGCGAGAGUGCAGGCCUACGUAAGCACAAACAUCCUGUAUGAAGGAAGUACCAUUUGUACAUAAAGACGAAUAAUUUAUUCUAUUUAUGGGAGAGAGAGAGAGUGAGAGAGAGAGAGAGAGAGAGAGAAAGAAAGAGGAGGGGAGCUGGCGUUGUGUUAUAUUUGAGUUGUUUUGCAUGUGCUUCGAUGUUUCCGUCACACGCGGCUGCAAGCCGCGCGGCGAGUUUGUAUAAUGCAUUCUAUAUAAAUAUAAAAAAAAAAAAUAUAUAUAUAUAUAUAUAUAUGUAUAUAUACACACAACACACACACAUAGCGGAGUUAGAGAAUGAUAUACCGAGAUCGAGAUACGACGAUGACGUGCGAGGCGUCUCGCGCGCGAUCCUCGAAGAGUGUCGUUUCUCUCACCUAGAAACUUUAAUUUUCAAUUUGUUAUUAUUAUUAUUAUUAUUAUUUAUCGCGUUUUAGGGCGACAUAUUUCUCCGCGUAUUCGCCGUCACGCGAGUGACCGGCGGGAUUAUUUAGGGACGGCCGCACGCCAUCGCAGAGUACCUAGGAAUAUAUUCUUAAUAUGUGAAGAAAAUAUAAGAAAAAUUAACGGUGUCUCGUUGUAUUUGUAUAAUAAGGUGUAAAGAGAAAAAUGAAAAAAAAAAAAAAAAAAUGGUGUCAUUCUCAUGAGCGACUCAUAUUUCGUAAAUGAUGCUACAUACGUACCGGGUGCAUUCUAAAUUGCAUAUACAAGCGUUAAGUAUCCAUAUAAUUUUUAUCUCGAUACGAUGGAAUUAGAACGAGCGACGUGGAUCCGAUACAGUGGAUGCAAUGUCAAAAAUUUGGGAGAUGAAACUUUAUAUUUACUACCGUGGAAUCCCCGAUUAAAAUUGAGAUUGGAGAUUUUGAUGAUUUACUUCACUGAUCGCCCUGUAGAUUUUUGAUUUGAUUGGUAUUUGUUCGAAAGUGUCUUUUUUGUUCUAAUUCCACAGACCGAGCGCGAAAGCAGCAUUGAUUUUUCUAUAAUUUUAAUGUAUUGAUCCUUGUGAGGAAAUGAAAAUCGAUUUUCGAGAAAGAUUUAAAAGAGCGAGGACAGAGAAUGCGAGAUCAGCGGAUAUCAAGGACGCGAAAUUAUCGUGGCAAACGUUAUAUCAUACGUUAUAUCGCGACCAUUUUAAAGAAACGUACUUUAAAGACUCCGAGUAUAGCGGAAUAUAAUAUAUAGAGAAAAAAGAAAUGAUGCUAUUGGAUGCGCGUUCACUUUUAUGUCAUUCAGCUCGCGGCUGUGAUCAUUUUAGAAACACCCAUGUACGAACCCGAACCAGCAAUCAACUUUGUGAUAGUCUGUGUACCGUAUCUGGUGAACAUCGUUAAACUAAUCCCAUCCCCUAUAGAUAAGGUGUAAUAAUGAUUAGACUCUCAUCACACACACACAUACAAAUACACACGCAAAGGAGAAAACAUAUUUACUACGUCAUAAAGCGAUAAUGAGAUUGUGUUGUCCCCUGAUUUGUAUCAUGUAGGCACGUUUAAUAAUAAAUCGAAAUAUUAUCUA